AUGCCAUGCAUUCUUAAGGUCAGAAUAUCGGGCAUACGGGACUUUAACGCCUUCGAAAAAUCAGAAGUGGAUUCGCUUAAAUAUGUUGAGGUUACACUGGGCGAAACAAAACAAAGGACGAAAUUUAAUAUUAACAGACAUACGGAUGACCUGAACUUAUCCUUCCGUCUGGAAAUCGCUGACGAUUCGGAGUUGCAGACAUGCCCGCUGAAGAUAACGAUAGAUGAUGUGGAAAACAUAAACAGUGGAUAUAUCCAAAUAGAUUUCAGCUUUUUUUACUUCCACGACAAUUUGAAGUUGGAGGGAUGGUUUCCUCUGUAUGAUUCCUUAGCCGGACUUAAAGGCGAACUGUACUGUACCAUCAAAUGGGAAUUCUUUGAGGAAAAAAAUCCUUACAAUGAUAAUAGCGCAGAUGUCCUCCUCCUAGGCACAACGUCUUUUCCCAAAAACUCCCCCUACUAUAUCGAACAAAUUAUAAACUUCGCUCAUGAAUUGAAAAUUGUAAAUGAUCCUGAAUAUGACUGGAAGGACUUGAUAAGAUCGAACAGAAACUCCAAUGAGGCAAGAUGUGACGUCAUACAGAACUCCUUCAUGGAAACGAGGAAAAUUAUUGGAAAAAAGGCUAAACUGUUGGGCGGGAAUGCCAUUAUUGGUUAUCAAGAACAUUUGAACUUGGAGGGAGGCACGACAAACAAAAUUUGUAUUCGCAUCAUAGGGACAGUUGUGAAGCUAGGGGUGAAGAACCUCAACGACCCCCACUAUGCCACCCCCGGGGGAAACAGAAUAAUAAAAAAUAUUUUACGCAACAAUGAGCUCCUACGGCAAAACAGCUUGGAAAGAAAUAAGGAAAUGAAAUUGCACAAGAGAGAUAGCACUCUCCCGAACUCAACCUUCAAUUUUGUGGAUGUUAUAUUGCUCACCAUCGACUCUCUUCCAAAUAGUGUCAAGUACACAUAUGGAGGACUUGUAGCCGCCAAGUCGGUCAAGGUUCUACAUCAGCGGCUGACGGAGCAACACCGAGACGAAUGGCUCCUAGAGAUAAGGGACGAAAUCAAAUCGAAUGCAACCUUUCUAUCUUGCAACGUUAUUUUGGGUUACAAAGAGGACACAUAUAUUUUCAACGAUGUGAUUAUUCUCUUUUGCUACGGCACGGCCAUAAGUGUGAUGUCUUCCUUUUUUCAAGAUGAUAAAAUAAUUCCUUAUGCGAACAGUGAAAGGCAUAGGCACCAUUCCUCUAAGGGUGGAUCCUCCAAUGCGCACAGGAAUUCUAGUUGCGUCUAUUUGCACUAUGCGUCAGAUGACAUAGAGAGAAACACAGUCCUCUGUAGAGUCUGCAAUGAAGCGCCUGUACCGAAGAUCCUGAUUUCGUCCGCCAGCGUGCCACAAAAUCUGGCCGUCAUUGGGAACGGUUUCCUCAUCUCCGCCUUCGUCGUGUACCCGCUGAAGAAGAAUUACGGAGAGCACCUGGCCUCGGAGAUAAGCGAGAUUUUCCCCUUUCUGGAACUAAACCUGCACAAGCAAAUCAUAUGCAAGCUUCUAGUUAACGGAUUCAAUAGCAUGUUCGACUACAAUUUGAAGUUAUGCUUUAACCAGAACUACCUGUUCGGCUACUGUUGCGGGACGGGUAUGUGCAUGUAUGGCACAUAUUCAGAAAACAAAUUUCUCAUCAAGUCAAACUACAAGGAUAAUUUCUACAUCAGGAACAAGAGCAUAAGUGCAAGGGAAUUAAAGAUAAUUUACGAUAAUUUAAAUUAUCGUUCCUUUUUCUGUAGAAACAAAAGUCUCUUAUCUCCAGUAUUCAUACAAGGGGACAUGGUACAGGAUAGCGAUGGCAGAUUGGACCCUUCGCAAAGUUACAAAAACAAACUGAUGAACCUGAGCGUGCAUGAUAUGAUUGAGCAAGCCUUUUCUGAGCAACUAUCCAUAGAAUCCACAAAGCGGAACACAAACGGGCAUGAGCAAUCUACAUCUGAUAAAAUAAAAUGCAACAACUACUUCAGACUGAGGGAAAUUUACUUGAAGGAGGAAGAGGAAUUAUUGAAUUACCCAAACGAAAGUGAUCAUCUUAAGAGAGACAACGGUAUGGAGCAUACCCAAUUAGGUAUCAAAGAAAGGAAGAGAAUUAAAAAAAAAAAGGAGAAAAAAAAAGCCAAGAGGGUAAAAAAUAAAGGAUACAUUUACGAGGUAGAAGAUCAUCUCGAUAAUAUUACUCUACUUAAUAUUUACGAAGACAGUAUUGCUCUGUACAACUAUAUUUUCAACUUGGACGUCAACAACUAUCUUGCAAAUAAGAGGUAUGACAGUGGGGCCCUCCCGUCCAAGGGUACUCCUCCAAAUGGUGAGAAGCAGAGUGGAAAAAAGGUCCAGAAUGUCACUCAAGGGGAGAAGGAAAGACCCACCAAGGAGGAAUUCCCUAAGGAAGAAUUAUCAAAAGGGGAAGCACUCAGCUACGGUGACAAUUUAAAAAUAAUGGGAUCAUCCCAAUUGAAAACACAGAAGGAAUUAACGAGACAAUCACUAUCACAUUCGAAUGGAGAAAAGAGAAGUAGUGACCCCCAUAGCGAUGCCAGAAGCCAAGUGGACAGAAGAAGUCGAGUCGAAAGGGAGUCCCUCCUGUCGAAUGUUAUGCAAGACCAUAGCCCUUAUGGUACCCCCACAGGUACUUCCAUUAGCGUGUCCAAAUCGAAUGAGGAGAAGAAAUUGUCUGCACUCUUCCUGCCAGACUCUCGCUCGCGGAUAGUGAGAUCGUGCAAUCGUUCAUUCGCUCUAGACAGGAGCGAAAAUACUCUUCCUUUCGAUGGAGAGUUUAGGAAAGGAGGAAUUCAGGACAACCCCAAAUACUUUUUCUACAUGUGCACGUUGGACAUUCUCCCCAGCAUAAGGUUCGAAACGUUCUACGAUCAGCAGGAUGGUCGAACAGGAGAAAAUAAGGUAACGUCAAGUUGGGAGGAAGGAAAUAAGGCAGAUGCAAACUCUGGAAAAGCAAAUCAGAUGACUAUCCCCAUUGAGAGGAAGAGGGAAUUCCUCAUUGGAAGCAACUCACCCAGGGGCACCAUGAAUAGCUGCAUAAUGGACUUCAUCAGCAAGGGUACCAGAAGGGGGGAAAGGCAAAGAGACUCCAAGGAAAGUGUAUCCAAUGAGGGGAGGGGGGUAAACAUGAUGGGGCCCCUUUUGCACAAAGAACGGGAUGACUUAUUCAGUGAUCAGUGGAGCGACCAGGUUAGUGAGUAUCCCACCGAGGGGUGCAUGGACCUGGUUGGGAAUAAAUUUAGGAAGGACCAUGGGGAAGUGACUAUGGAUAAACUUGUAUCCCUUCCAAGGGAUAACCCCCCCACUGAAAGGAGAAUCCUAACGGACGAAGAGGAGAGAAGGAAAAAAAAAACGAAAAAAAAAGCAGAAAAAAAAAACAAAAAUAAAGGAAAACACACAUACUUGAAUAAUCUCUCAAAAAGCUACCUCUACCUGAUUAAGAGGAUAAACCUAUUCAGUGAAAACAAUGAACAAGUAGAUGUAGUGUAUGAGAAAAUCAACAAGGCAUUCAACGAUCUAUAUAAUGUUCUAAUAUUUUAUAUAUUUGCAAAUAAGAUGUGUCCUUGUUGUAUAUACAGUAUCAAGUAUCACUUCGCGUUCAUAUCUGUGGACGUAUUGGAAAUUAUGCUAACUGGUCAUUUGGUGAAGAUAAAAAAUAACAACUCCAUAAGUUUAGAGUUGAAAAGUAUGAACCGAUUGAUGCAGGAAAAUCUCUUGAAGCAUUUUUUCAAUUACCUAGAAAAUUACUAUAUAGAAAAGUGGCAGCUAUUUUUUAAUUCCCCUGAAUUCUUCUCCCCAACGAAAGGAAAUAACAAAAUGGGCCUGCGCAGGAAGAAUCAUUACGAAGACGAUAACGCCCCUGGUAGAGAGGGGAAAAAAAAAGGAAUAUUUCAUGCAUUGGUCGCCAAAUUGCUCCAGCUUGGUUUGUACUUCUCCCAUAGGGGGGAUGGUAGCAAAUCGAAAGGAAUGGUGAGAACCAGAACAGGGAAAGGUAAGGAAGGAAAAGGAAAAACUGGAAAAGGAGAAACUGGAGGAACACAUUCAAAGGAUACUGUGACACAACGAGGUGAAGAAAAAGAAACGCAAGGGAAUAGAAGAAAUAAACUAAGCUUGUUCCUAAAGAAGACAACAAAAAAAAAAAGGAAGCAAUCAACCGAUAAGUACAACUUGUCUGACACACUGUUCCUUUUUAAUGACCUUAAAAAUUACAUCAUCCUUGAGAACAGAAAGCAUUUGUUUGAUUCCUUUACGGAACAGAAGUUCUCCUCAAUCAUAAUAACCCCAUUAAAUAUCCUUCCAAACGUUAUUAUAAAAAAAUACUUCGGCAUUAUCUCCUUACACAUAGUCAAAGAAAAUGUAAACCUAAAGCAGUUUGAUGUUUUUUACCAGAGUAUAAUAUCAGACAUUUUAUUUAUUGCUAAAUCUCACAUUAAAGCUAUUGGAGCUAAUUUAAUUUGUUCCUUUAGGAUUACAAACUUCUUCAUGCGUGAGGAGCGGUCUCACGCCUACGCGCUGAUCAGCAUUUGCGGCGAUGUCGCCAAAAUUUGA